CAGAGACCGUCUCGGGUGCCCAGGCUUCGCCCACCGAGAGGCACGGCCUUCCUUCCCCCCAAUCCUCGGCCCCAAUUGCCCUCUGGGUUAAACUCGGGGCUUGCAGGAGAGAACAGGAGCGGCUGGUCCAAGAGGCGGCGACGGCAGCUCCGUUGCCAUUGGUGGGCCGCGCAGGCCUUAAAGUCCACGCCACUCGCCUGGGCUGCUGAAGCGGCGAAAAGAUGGUUUGCUCAGCGCGGCUCCCCCUCGCCCGUUUGCCCCGCUUCUUGGCCGGGAAGAGGGCCGGCACGGCGCGGGCCCUCCCCGGGAGAGAGGUGCAUCAGUAUCAAGAAUUGAAAAACUCUUCCUGCCUCCUACCAAAAAUGCCUCCAUGUGCCUUUGUGCCUGAGAAGUAUGAUUCCUAUCCUUACGAACAAAUGCUGAGAAUUCGCCAAGAGAACGUGUUCCCAUCCCUGUACACUUAUUAUAAGAAACCACUCCUGAUCCAUCAAGGACACAUGCAGUGGCUGUUUGACUUUGAAGGACGAAGAUACCUUGAUCUCUUUGGUGGAAUCGUUACUGUCAAUGUUGGUCACUGCCAUCCGAAGGUAACAGCAGCAGCUCAGAAACAGCUUGGCCGCCUGGGACACAUAAGCAACAUCUACUUGCAUCCAGGAAUCCAAGAAUAUGCCGAGAAACUGACUUCACUGCUUCCUGGCUCCUUAAAGGUAGCCUAUCUGACUAAUAGUGGUACUGAAGCCAACGAUCUGGCAUUGUUAAUAGCAAGACUUUUCACCCGCAACAAUGACGUCAUUUGUUUGAGGGGCGGCUACCAUGGAGGUAGUACCUAUACUAUGGGCAUCACAGCCAUUGGAAAGUACAAACAUGGUGUUGCCAACGGAGCCAACUGCCACUCGACAAUGUUGCCUGAUGUUUUCCGUGGUCCCUGGGGAGGAAGCCACUGUCGUGAUUCUCCGGUGCAAACUAUUCGAAAGUGCUCCUGUUCCUCAGGAACCUGCCACGCUAAAGACCAGUACAUUGCGCAAUUCAAGGACACACUCCAAACUUGUGUUCCAAAAAAAGUUGCUGCUUUUAUUGCUGAGCCAAUUCAAGGAGUAAAUGGAGCCGUUCAGUUUCCCAAAGGAUUCUUAAAGGAGGCUUAUCAGUUGGUGCGUGAAAGGGGAGGUCUCUGCAUUGCAGACGAGGUUCAGACUGGAUUUGGUCGAACGGGCAGCCAUUUCUGGGGAUUUCAAGGACACGGUGUCGUUCCAGACAUAGUUACCAUGGCCAAAGGAAUUGGUAACGGCUUUCCCAUGGCAGCAGUUGUGACUACAGCGGAAAUUGCACACGGUUUGACAGACAACCUCCACUUCAACACAUUUGGAGGCAAUCCGGUGGCUUGUGCAGUUGGAUCUGCAGUUCUGGAUGCAAUAGCGGAAGAUGGCUUGCAAAAAAAUUGCCAAGAGAUCGGAACUCACUUGCUUCUAGAGUUUGCAAAGCUGCGGGAUAAGUUUGAAAGUGUUGGAGAUGUUCGUGGCAAAGGACUUAUGAUUGGGAUAGAGAUGGUCCAGAAUAAGGAAACUCGCCAGCCACUUCCAGCUGAAGAGAUGGACCAGAUUUGGGAAGACUGCAAGGACAUGGGGUUGCUGAUUGGCAAAGGAGGGAUGCAUUUACAGACAUUUAGAAUUAAACCUCCGAUGUGCAUUACGAAGGAAGAUGCAGAUUUUGCAGUGGCCGUCUUCCAGGAAGCCUUAAUAAGACAUAUGGAAAGAACAGCUGAAAAAUAAGAGAACUUACACACACACACACACACACACACACACACACACACACACGAGAUGAAUUGGACUCACUGUGAAUAAAUCCAUGAACCAGAACUCA